AUGUCCGCCCUCUACUACAUCGAGACCCUUGCAGCCGGCUACCUUGCCCUCACCCUCGUCCUCUACAUGCUCUCCCUCCGCCUCCAAGCCGCUGGCUUCUACGCCCGCCUCCUCGUCUCCUACGUCGCGCUCCUGGCCUGCGCCAGCUACGGCGUCUUCAUCUCUUUAUUCCUGCGUCUAUUCGGCUAUGGAGGAAACGCACAAUGGUUCGUCGCGCGGGCUUUUAAACACAUCAUGCUUUACAGCACCGGAGCCUCCUUCACCGUCGAAGACCCCCACAACUACCUCUCCACCACGCGCCCCGCCGUUAUAAUUGGCAAUCACCAGACGGAGCUGGACGUGCUGAUGCUGGGCUGCGUGUUCCCGCCCUACUGCACCGUGACGGCCAAGAGCUCGCUGAAGCGCGUGCCGUUCUUGGGGUGGUUCAUGGCGCUGUCCGGCACGGUGUUUAUCGAUCGCCAGAACUCGACGAGCGCGCGGCAGGCCAUGGCGGGUGCUGCUGAGGAGAUCAAGAAGCAUCAGAAGAUUGUCUAUAUGUUCCCGGAAGGCACGCGGAGUUAUGCUAAGGAGCCCAUGCUGCUGCCGUUUAAGAAGGGCGCGUUUCAUUUAGCGCUGCAGGCUGGGGUGCCGAUUAUACCGGUCGUUGUGGCUAAUUAUUCACAUGUUUUGUAUGUGCAGGAUAGGAAGUUUGUGGCUGGGAAUAUUCCUUGUAAAGUGUUGAAACCUAUUGAGACGAAACAUUUGAAAGCUUCGGACGUCGAUGAUUUGGCUAGGGAUACACGGGAACUUAUGCUCAGAGAAAUGGUGAGCCUAACAGCAAAGGCACGAGGGGAGCCAGUAGCCAUGCCAGCGGAAAAUCCGAUCAACGGGGUAGUGAAAGCAAGUGGUGUGGAAGCUACGGUAUCAUAA